AUGAAUAAACAGGGCAUUGAUACUGAGGUGGUGGAGACCAGAAUGGAGCUGAGGGAGUUCAAUGGGAGGAGGAGGUUUUACCUCAGCAAGAUGAACAAGUGGAAGAGUAAGAGGCUGAGAGAGAAACAGCAGCAGGAGAAGAGCAAGGGGCGAGAGGGGGCAGAGGUGGAGGGGAGCGCUCGCUCCAAAUCCGAGGGCCUGGUCAGACCGGGGAGGUCCCAGAUCUUUCGGGUGCCACAGGAGAGGAACGAGAGGAAGAGGAAAGUGAUGUUCUCCAAGUCGAUCAAAUCGACGAACGAGGAGACCAAGAAGAGGAGAAUGAUCUCGACGACCCUGCCUGCCAGGGCUCCUGCCAAGAGGAAGGGAGACCCCUUAAAGCAGGGACCCUCGAGGAAGUGGAGCAGGGUGGAGGAGCCGGAGAAAUCCAGCCCCCACAGGAAGAGGGACUCGCGGCCUGGACCCUCGAAUCUGGGCCUGACAGGGAGCUUCCUGGUCCUCCGCUCUCGCCAAAUCUUCCGGGAGCCCACGGUACCCUGGAGAUCUUCCCCUUCCAGCAAGAAUGACCAGGACUACAACACUGCUGACUUCAAUCGCACAGCUUUCCCCACUUCUCACUGCAAGCCAUCGGCCCAGGGUUCGAGACCCAGGGCCUCUCGAGGAGAGAAGGAGCCCUUCAAUAACUUGUAUUCAAUGGGCUCCAUUCUGGGGAUUGGAGGCUAUGGGUGGGUGUUGGAAGGACACCGCAAGUCUGAUGGUCUGCCGGUGGCAAUAAAAUUCAUUCCCAGGGAGAUGGCGAACAACUGGGUGGAAAUACCCCAGGAGAAGGGGAGGCUGCCCCUGGAAGUUGCCCUGCUGAAGCUGGUUGGCAGAGCUCCCGCGCAUCCCGGGGUCAUUGAGCUCCUGGAGUGGUUCGAGCAACCCGAGGCGAUCCUUCUGGUCCUGGAGCGGCCGCAUCCCUGCAGUGACCUCUUCGACUUCGCGCAUUCCCAGGGAGGCCUUCUCAAGGAGCACACCGCCCGCAAUCUGAUGCACCAGCUGGUGGUGGCGCUAGAGCACUGCCACAGACGAGGGGUGCUGCACAGGGACGUGAAGCCCGAGAACAUCCUGGUGAAGACCGACACCAAGUCCCUGAAGCUCAUCGACUUCGGCUGCGGGGAUCUGAUUCAGGACUCUGUCUACACAGAGUUCGCCGGCACCCCUCAGUACGCCCCCCCUGAGUGGGUGCUACAGCAGCAGUACCAUGCCCUACCUGCCACCGCCUGGUCCCUGGGGGUCCUGCUGUUUGACCUGGUGUGUGGGCACCUCCCCUUCCGAAAGGACAAGGACAUCAUCCGCGGGGUCCUGAACUUCAACAAAGGCGUCUCCAAAGAGUGCCGGAAUCUGAUUCGACGCUGCCUGUCACACUGCCCAGAGAGCCGUCCGAGUCUGGAGGAGAUCCUCCUCCACCCCUGGAUGAAGUGAGAGGCCUGGCUUGCAAGGUAAGGGGGCAGCCGUUUAUUCCUAAGGGUGCCAGUAUCGGUACAUGACAUAAGGA